GCUAUUGUUACACCGUUAUCUUCAUAUUAAGAAACACGUCAACGAUAUACAAAGACAUUGGAAGUGUGUGAUAUAGCUAUUAUCAUAAAAAGAAAACAAUUCAUCAACAAUGGGUUCUCUUAUGGCAGGAUGGGACUCUAACUCAUCACCUUCAUCACUUGAAAGGAAUCGGUCACUCACCAACGAAGAAAUUGAUGCUUUCUGGAAAUCAAAAAAGGACACAGAGGAAGAACACAUCAAAGCUAUUUCCAAUUUAUCAAAGACUAUUCAGCCUGGAAAAUACGAGGAUAGUGUGCCCUUGGCCCUACGCAUGAAGGAGACAUUAGGCAAGGAUGUCAACAUUAAUUUGGAACACCUUAUCACUAAAAAUGGCUGGUGGACCAAGAGCAAUUGGGCAUUUUUGAAUGAACCUCCAGUGAUGGAAACUUCUACAAACAAGUAUGCAUCACAGUUUCACGUAGCCAACUCAAGUGCUUGAUCCGAAAAGUCUCUCCCCCCUUUAGAUAUAUGUAACAUAUCCAAGAAUGUAAUUGUUUUUUUUUUCUCUCUCUUUUACAGACACAAAUGUAAUUGUUGGAAUAUAUGUAUAUUGUGAUUAUAAUUAAA